AUGUCUUCAAUAACACAAUUGGACGACCUACGCUCCAGUCAAGAGGGCACUGUUAAGGACCAGGCGGAAGAAGAGCUACUCUCAGGCAACAAGAAGCCCUUCAACUAUGAAGGUUUCCCAUGGUUCGGCGUACUGUGGCGCUUUGGCUGCUCUGUCCUUUUCAGCCUCUUGGUUCUGGAUGUUCUCUAUGUGUUCAGCGGUUGGGAUCAUUUGAAGACAUGGGACAGACGGUUGUUCAACGCCAUCACCAUCAUGCUUUCAUCGCUGGUCAGCUUAUCGGUCGGUUCGCUCCUGUCGUUGCUAGGCGCGACUCUCCGUUGGCCGAUCCUAGCAUCGCGUCCUCACACACCACGCGAAGUUGACAUGAUCUUGGGCAUGAGUUGCCCCUCGCUAGCAGCCAAAAUCAUCUGGCAUCACUGCUGGCGUCAAAAAAAACUUUCACGCACAACGUUGAUCAUAUCCAUUUACCUCCUUGUCAACAUCUUCGGCCGUCUGAGUGUUGCUAUAUUUGGUCUCACAUACAAUCUCAACGACACUGUCCUCACUGAGUACCCGGUCAUGGUAAACGAUUUCGGCUUCAAAGAUUGGAUAGGCACACACUGGUUAGGGAUAACUGUUGAUCUCCAAAAAAUGAAGAACAUUGCAGUUAUAGGGCUGAGAGAUGUUGACACUUUCCUCCACCCUAAUCACCCUGAGACUUUCAACAGGAAAAACAUCAGUGGACAUGGCUUGGAUCGGAGUGUCGAUGGACGAACUGUUACUUAUACAUACGGUGCCCGAGAGUAUCGUGGAUCCGAGGCAUAUUCAUCCUCUGAGAGGAUAUUCCGCAGCUCUUCGACCUGCAUCGCUCGAAACUAUUGGAAUGGGACAGUCUGGGAAGAUGGGAAGCUUGUGGGAAAACUCCCUGACGAUCCAUCUGAAGUGCCCCCGCCAGAUGAUCCUAAGCAUAUCCAUAUCAUGGAUGGCUUGAUCAAGGCAGGAUUGCUCAACCUUGCUGCGCAACUGAGAACCUGCCUUACAGACGGGAACGGCCGACCUGGCAUGCCACAGAAUGUGUUCUUCAACUACCCAGCAGAAAACAGCACAUAUGCUUCCAGAGUUCUCCUCAGCUUUCCUGCGCAAGACGACAGGCUUUACGAUUACGGACAGGGAUCAUUCAACGCUAAACUAUACAAAGAUCAAGCAUUUUACAACUUCACAUUGGAUCUGGCCGAUGAUUGCUAUGCCCCGUCCUUUAUAUCGGACAUGACAGACGAUUGGUACGCCAAUCUGGAUUUCAACGGGUAUGAGGUAUCAGCGGCAAAUAUAAUGGCUCGGGUCCCAAUCUUGACACUUAUAGGCGCUGAGAAAAUUCUGCCGCGCGUAACACUGCUAAAGGGGGCGACUGAGCAGCACACAGUUGUUUCAACCUUGGACGUCAAAUGGGGGCGUGCAGCUACCACACUGGCUGCUCUCACUGCCGGUCAAGCAAUAGCUGUGGUGAUAGCUUGGUUCGCGUCGAGAGGUAUUCUCCUGAGGGACCACGACAGUUUCUUGUCUAUCGGCCGUAUAUUCCGCACUGCGAUGACUAAAAUUGAGGGUACACCCGAGGGAGGAAGCUUGGCCUCUGGUCGUCAACUCGCUGACGCUAUCCAGAAGAGUGCUUAUCCUCCAGGAAAGAUUCGCUAUGGCACGAGGAAGAAAAUGGACUGGUAUGAAUUGGAUUUAUGGGAUGAUGUGGAUUAUUUCUUCCCUGAUCCUGGGCAGGCGAAGUACAAGUAG